AUAGAGGACAAUAAUCGAAGAGAUUGGAGUAUUGGCCUUCUGAUAGUUACAUAUUCUAUGAAUAUUUGUCGUUUCAAACCUACCAAUAAUACACUAUAUAAAUUAGUUUUUGGACAACAUCCCUUAUGCAACUUUAAUAUAAUUGAAGAAUGGAAGCAACAUAAUAUUAAUAUAGAGGAAGAUUUACCUAAAGGUGUCAUUGAAGAUAAGGAAGUUUCUGAAAAUGAAAAUAAUAACUUAUCAGAUGGAUAUGGCGAUUUUAAUGAAAUUAUUCAGAUUAAUAAUACGAUUAUUAAUU